CAUUAUUAAAGUGUUAUGUUUUUCAGAUGAUAUUGAAAGUUCCAUCAAUCGUAGUAAAGAUCGAGGGAGGUGUUGGUAACCGAACUGUACCGUUACUUAUCACAGAGAUGUCGUUCCAAGGUGAAGUCAGGGACUGGUCAGGAAAGCUAUAUGUAGAGAGUAGACUUCUGCUGGAAGUGGCUUAUUACAACGAGAAAAUGUCCGUAUGGGAACCACUUGUGGAACCAGUGUUUCAUGAGGGAAAAUACCGGAGAUGGGAACUCGGUCUUGAGGUGAUGAAGAAUGAUGAUAUCGAGGCUGGUAUCGAGGAUGACGAAGAAACGGAGACGGUGAAAAUGCCGCCACCUAGGAUGACGAUAAACGUGAAAUCUACAGAUGCACUACAACUCACUAUGACAAAAGCCUGUCUAGAAAGCCUUACUAAUCUAGGGAAGGCAUUUGGGGAUGCGUAUGCUCUGGUAGAGCCUACAUUAAAAGCCGGAGAAGUUAUGACACCAUACGUUAUAAAGAACGUCACUGGAGAGGAUUUGAUGCUCAAGCUUGACAAUGCCUUCGAGAGCCCUCCAAAUGCAGCAAACGGUAAAAUAAAGCUGUCAGUUGGCGAUACUUUACCUCUGAAGAACAAAGAAGGUCCGAAAUUACGUAGACAAGCUUCAGUUAUCAAGGCGUCCACUGCUUCUGAUGAAAAGAAAAUGAUCUUUCAGGUUUUUAAUGCAACAAGGGAGGUAACUAUCAAGCGUGCAGAAAAACGUCUUUUUCAUGUUGAAACUAAGACAAAUGAUCAAUGGGCUAUAGUUUGUGAUACACAGACGUCCCUGGGACAGAGAACUGUCACAUUUAGAUCUUCUGUACAGGUGAUGAACCAUCUGACAGUUCCAGUUGAUGUUUUCUUCAAGGAUGCGUCGGGAAACUUACCGAUAUCUUCAGUCAGUCCAGAAGAACUUUUCAGUCUACCGUUACACACAAUAUACACCCAAUCUGCCCAGUUCAUGUUUAAACCUAUCAAAGAUGGAUGUGAUGAGUUAAGUGAUCCAAUAAGUUGGAAGGGUGCCGAAAAUAUGGGACUGAAACAGUUGAUGUGUAAAGCCGGCCCGGGACAUGAGCCGUUCUAUUUCAAGGUCAGGGCUGAUAUUGAGACAGUAUAUUAUGAGACUGGUGAUACUCCCUCUGCCAAGUCAACGACCUUUCACCUUUACCCCACUGUGAUAUUGCAUAAUCUUUUACCAUACAAGGUCAAGGUCUUGCUCCAGGGUACAGAGGAUAACUUUGAGUUAGACAGAGGCAGUAAUAUACCACUAGAUCAUGCCUGUGUUGGGAAAACAAACAUUGAAAUUACGAUACCAGAUUACCAGGGCAUGGAAUGGAUUGGAAGACGUUUACUGGAAGUGGAUAUACCGGAAUUAUCAGUGUGGACGUUUGAAGCUUAUGACAAAAGCAACAAGAAAUUAACAAUGGAUUUAGGUCUACAUUAUAAACAGGGACCUGGUGUUCUAGAUGUGUCGGUCUACAGUCCCUACUGGAUGAUCAAUAAAACUGAAAAAUUACUUCAAUACAAGGCCGGUGAGGAUGAGCCCGUAGAUCAUCCGUCAGACCUCAAGGAUAUUGUCAUGUUUUCAUUCAAGAAGAAUUCUUUGUUCUCUAAGAAAAAGGAGGACACCUUGGAUAGAAAGAAGGACACAUUGGAUAGAAAGAAAGACACACUAGAGAGAAAGAAAGAUGCAAAGAAACAAAAAGUGAAGGAAAUGAAACAAAGUGGAAAAGCUUCUUUGAAGAUGGGAGAAGGUGAUUGGUCAGACAAGUUUUCCCUUGAUGUAGUGGGAAGUUCAGGAACUGUCCAGAGCAAAAAUAAGACAAGGACUUGGGAG